AUGAUCAUCAWGGGAUCAUCCCUGAAUCCUAACACAUCGAUAAGGUCGUCCUUACCAGAAGAAAAGACAAAUGUUCUCCGAGAACUUAAUACCACCACCGUCAACCAACUAUUGGGGCUGCCAGGAAUGACAUCCACCUUCACAGCCCCACAACUAUUACAGUUAAGGAUAAUAGCUAUAACCGCCUCUGGCGUGUCGCUCCUUGCCGGGUGCUUUGGAAUGUUCUUUCUUUCCAAGAUGGAUAAGAGGAGAAAGGUUUUUAGACAUGAUCUGAUUGCAUUUUUAAUAAUUUGUGACUUUCUAAAAGCCUUAAUUCUAAUGAUUUAUCCUAUGAUUAUUCUGAUCAAUAACAGUGUGUAUGCAGAACCCGCAUUUUUUAAUGUACUGGGUUGGUUUACAGCCUUUGCUAUUGAGGGUGCAGAUAUGGCCAUAAUGAUUUUCGCCAUUCAUUUUGCUGUGCUAAUAUUCAAACCUAGUUGGAAAUGGCGUAAUAGAAGUUCCGGCAAUAUGGAAGGCGGACUAUACAAGAAAAGAUCUUACAUCUGGCCUAUUACUGCUUUAAUACCGGCCAUUUUAGCGAGCUUAGCCUUCAUUAACUAUAAUAAACUCAAUGAUGAUUCUGACACUACCGUUGUCUUGGACAACAAUAACUACAAUUUCCCUGAUUCUCCCAGACAAGGCGGUUACAAGCCUUGGAGUGCAUGGUGCUAUUUGCCACCCAAACCAUAUUGGUACAAAAUCGUAUUGAGUUGGGGUCCCAGAUACUUUAUUAUUGUUUCUAUUUUCGCCAUUUACAUCAGUAUUUAUGUUUUUGUUACCAGUGAAAGUAAAAGAAUCAAAAAACAAAUUGGAGAUUUCAAUCAUAAUCCACAACAAGAGGAAGAGGAAGAGAAAGAUAAAAAAAAACUGCUAAGUUUGGGCCAUAUGGGGAAAGUUAGGUGGUAUCUUAAAAGUUAUCUUAAAUCGCCAUUGUUACGUUUUUUAAAGAACCUGAGAAAUUUUUUCACCAUAUCUCUGGUAGAGCCAGGUGAGGAAACAACAGAUGAUUCAAGUAGUAGUGGCACUUUUAAUCUCGGCCAAAACUCGCAUGAAUUGCCUGCAUAUACAGGAAGCAAUGAAAACAUCCCCAUUAAUGGUGGAGUACGGUUGCUUGACUAUAACACUACUAAGCCGGCUAAUAAAUCCAAGAUUAUAACGCCUGCAAACCAAGAUUUAGAGAAAAAUGAUCCGUUUGACUGUAAUAAUGACAUAUCAAUAAAUCCCCUAGGUUUUAAGAUGGAACAAGAGGAGCGUGAUGCAGCUUUUGGAAUGGAAAAUGGAAGACUGGAUACAAGAAAGAGUUCAAUGCUGGAACACCAGACUUUUUCUUGCUUGAAUUCCUUAGCAUCACCCCUCGAAGCGUUAAAUCAUAAUAAUAAUGAUGAUGAUGAUUGCAACAGUAGAAACAACAAGAACAACAAGAACAAGAACAACGUCAACAACAUCAACAACAACAACAAGAACAACAAUAAAAAUACUACUACUACUACUAAUAAUACUAAUAAUACUAAUAAUACUAAUAAUACUAAUAAUACCAAUAAUACUAAUAAUAAUGCUACAACUAAUAAUAUUCCUCCUGCUUUUAAUGAAGCAUUCGUCCAAAAUAAAGAUUUUUCGCACAAUAGCAUUAGCGAUACAAUCAGGGACGACAAUUUAAACGUUACUGAUGUACAACGACACUUUCAAGCUCAAACUUAUAAAGAUAUGAAAAAGCGCAGGUCACAAAUUCAGAAGAAUCUGAGAGCCAUAUUCAUUUAUCCACUAUCGUAUAUUGCGAUUUGGCUUUUUCCCAUCAUUGCGGAUGCGUUGCAAUACAGCUAUGAAAUAAAACAUGGACCCACUAUGUGGGUGACAUAUAUCGAUACUUGUGUGAGACCAUUAAGCUGUCUCGUCGACGUUAUUGUUUAUCUGUUCAAAGAAAAACCUUGGAAUUAUUCAUGGGCCAAAACGGAAUCAAAAUUCCUUACUGAAAAAUUUGUUUUAAAAGGCGAGCUUGGCGAAAAGGAAAUUUUGAACCUUUGCUAUAGUAAAUGGGGCAAAAGAGGUUGGUAUUACCGUGGAAAAUGGAGGAAAAGAAAGUGUUGGAGAUAUUCUACAAGCACUACAAAGCGUAUUAUGUGGUUUAUCCAACGCUUUUUUGAACAGUUAUUUGAGUUAAAAUUUCACUUUGAUUUUCACGACAACUGUGAUGAUUUUGAAUAUUGGGAAAAAUAUUAUUCAGCCAAGGAAUCAAGCGAUAAGAAACGCACAGAAUCAGAUGAGACCAAAACAAAUGGCAGUGAUAGAUCUCUUCAAACAAACUCACUUGAAGUACAGACCAUGCUAAAUACUAUAAAGGCCGAAGAGAUUGAGGUGCCCCUGUUUUGGCGGUUAAUUCACCAUAUUCCGAUGCUUGCUGGUAUAGACCUUGAUGAACUAGACAGGUUGUUAAAAAUUCAGUACAACCACGACCGUUUCCCUUUACCUGGAUUGGAAUUUGCACUAAACAAAAACAAAAACAAAAACCAACAGCAGGACACUUCAAGUGAUAGCAUUUUUAAAUCAAGCUUUUCUUUAAAUGUUGGCACAAACGACGAUAAAAAUGUUACACAAGUAAAUAAAGGUCUACAUUCUCAGAGGGCAGCGAUCACCAAAAAUCACACUGUGAAGCCUCCCGUCCCUGAUGUUACUCCUUGUUCAGGAAAUGAUUUAAAGAAUGAUAGUGAUAGCAAUAACAUGGACUUGAUAGCUUUCCUGAAAAAUGGACCGUAA